UUGAUAAUAAAGUGAACAAUUGCAAUCAAUAUCUACACAUGUGAACCAUGUUCUGUAAUAUAGUGCGCAAUUAUGCUACAGAUUAAAAUUUAACUAUCUAAAUUCAAUAUUUAAACUUCUUUUCCUGUUCCAGGAUGUUGAAGUAGUGCAGGUACAAAUUUAAUGAUCAUGGCUUAUUCGCUAGCUAAGAGUCUACGCGAUACCUCCAACCAAGACAGAUGGACAGAGGAAACGGUGCCUAAAGCUGCAGAGUAUAUUGAAUUUACAGGCGACGACAAUAUAGGAUUUACCUGGGUGGGUAAUGUGGAUAAAAGUGGAGAUUGGAGAAAAACGUACAGAGCGGAUCUAGCGAUGGCGUAUUUUGGAGGUACAAGAUUUCAACCGGAAAUACCUGUUUACUCCGAGGAUGACGACGACGAGAGUGACUAUGGAGACAGGCGAGGAAAUGGAUUAGGAGCAACGCGCGGCUCCAGCCACGGAGGUCCAUACGGCGUAUCUAGAGGUCAAGGUAACCCUGAUAUACUUGGAGCAACAAAAACCUCGUCCGGUUGGCGCUCAGUCGACCGGGGUAAGGAUUUUCGUACAAGUGGGAGGAAUGGUACCAGCAACCGAGAUGAUCAAAAUCCUUAUGAUCCCAGGUUACCUAUGGGAACAUCCGACAGACAUCAGCUUGGGUCUACAAAUGGAAAAUCAUCGUUUGACAAACAGAAUUUCCGUAAAACUAAAAUGGGGAGUAGUGGGCAAAAUCUCCGUUAUACUCAAAAUCCCUACGGAAUGACCCAACUGUCGACUUUGAGAGAAGAGAGCGAAAGGGUACUGCCGGGUGGUUCAAGACCAUACGAUUAUACGAACCCAGCUGAGCUCGACGGAAUAGCCACCGAAGCCUACGAUAGAAAAGAUGGUUGGAAAACGAUGAUGGCAAAUAGGAACAUUACUGAUAAAAUUUACCGUCAGUUUGAUCAGAUCAAGAGGAGAUGGGCCCCCAGUUCAGGCCUCAGUGAGACUGGCUCGGUCAAUAAGUGGGACGAACAGAGCACGGACACAUCUUCUACCGAAACCCGCUCUGACAGUGACGACUAUGACCACAAGAGCCUCAAGAAGCGCUGCCUUGUCGGCUUCAUCAUCCUGUUUGUCAUCCUUGUGUUAACCGCCGCUAUUGUGCCAGCUGUUGUCCUUACCAGGAAGAAAGACUCAGGCGAUUCCCCCGACGUAAUGGAAAGGAUCGACAUGCAAGCGGAAAUCAACAAUUUCAACUUCACGCCCGGGCUGAAUGACAGCAACUCAGAUGAAUACUACGAAUUCACACAUACCUUCUGUGAUCAGAUAAUUGAUAGUAUGGCAGAGAAUAACCAGACCGACGGACUCGUCAAGGAUCUCCUUGGGUGUACAGUUCAGUCUCUCAGUUCUGGGAGCGUUAUUGUGAACUUCACUGUGGUGAUUAUUCACGGAGGGAACAAUGGGCCGCCAACCAAGACACAAGUAAAGAUACUGGUCGGCGUUGGUGACGGGAACACGGGGACAGUCAAUAUCGGAAUAUUCACUAUUGACGUUGAAACAUUCGUAGUUCAGGCUAUUGUUGUGGUGACCGCCGAAGACAACCCACUACCAACAAUGAUUUCUUACAACCGUACCUGUCAGCCCGGAGAAGAAUGCGAAACUUCUUUUGCGCGGUGUUUGAACGGAACAUGCGCAUGCGCACAAAACAGAUACUACAAUUUCGUAAACGACUCGUGUCUUAAAGACUCAGGCGAUUCCCCCGACGUAAUGGAAAGGAUCGACAUGCAAGCGGAAAUCAACAAUUUCAACUUCACGCCCGGGCUGAAUGACAGCAACUCAGAUGAAUACUACGAAUUCACACAUACCUUCUGUGAUCAGAUAAUUGCUAGUAUGGCAGAGAAUAACCAGACCGACGGACUCGUCAAGGAUCUCCUUGGGUGUACAGUUCAGUCUCUCAGUUCUGGGAGCGUUAUUGUGAACUUCACUGUGGUGAUUAUUCACGGAGGGAACAAUGGGCCGCCAACCAAGACACAAGUAAAGAUACUGGUCGGCGUUGGUGACAGGAACACGGGGACAGUCAAUAUCGGAAUAUACACUAUUGACGUUGAAACAUUCGUAGUUCAGGCUAUUGUUGUGGUGACCGCCGAAGACAACCCACUACCAACAAUGAUUUCUUACAACAGUACCUGUCAGCCCGGAGAAGAAUGCGAAACUUCUUUUGCGCAGUGUUUGAACGGAACAUGCGCAUGCGCACAAAACAGAUACUACAAUUUCGUAAACGACUCGUGUCUUAAAGUGGACUGUGGACAGAAACCGACCGUGACACACGGAGCGACUGCGACUUCGGAAGGUUCUUUGUACGGAUCAAUUUUGAAAGUGACAUGCGAUGAGGGAUAUGCCUUGCCUAGCGAUCAGAAUCCAUUUAACGUAACAUGUGUCAAUAACAACAGUUGGGCAAACUUACCAGGAUGCAGUCCAAUAAGCUGUGGAAAUUAUACAGCUCAAAUCGAUAGCCAUAUACUUGGAUACGACCCAAACUCAUUUGUUGGAUCGGUUUUCAAUGAGAAUGUAACAAUUCUCUGUGUCGACGGAUAUGAAAACCCAGCUGAAAAGACAGAAACAUGUCAAUCCGAUGGAAAAUGGACGAGCAACGUUAGAUGCACCGCAGUCAGCUGCGGAAGUUUCCAGGCUCCCGAUGAUAGUGUCAUAUUUGAAAAUGGAAUCGAAUAUGAAAACACUGUCAACAUAACAUGUAAUCCUGGUUAUGAGAUUGAAGGUGAAUCAUCAUCGACAUGUCAAGCAAAUAGGAAUUGGACCAGUUAUGGAAAAUGCAAUCCUAUUCUCUGCAAAACUUUUGAAGAAGUUGAAAACAGUAAAAACACAAGUAUUGUCAAUGAUAUCCGAUUCAAUGAACCAAUAAUAAUACUUUGUCAGGACGACCAUGAAUACGUCGGAGACACUUCUUUAUCCUGUGAUGAAAAUGGAGACUGGCCCAAUAUCAGUUGCGUCCCCGUGGCUUGCAGUGGCACAACAAAUAUUGACAACGGUAAAAUAUCAAAUGCAAGCGAAACCACGUUAAUCUACCAGUGCAAUGACGGAUAUGAAACGGAUGACAACACUAUUGUUAAAUGUCAGAAUGGUCAGUGGGACUCACUUCCAGUCUGCACGAGAAAGAACUGUGGACAAAUUGCCACACUCAUUAAUGGAAACAUAACAUAUGUCGACGGGACCGUUUUUGGUGAUACAGCUGUAGUAGAAUGUGAUAUCGGAUAUGAGCUUCCACAAGACGGCAUAAUUCAGUGCCAAAGCAAUGGCACAUGGAAUUAUCGUCCGUCCUGUGACAAAGUAUAUUGUGAUACUUUCCCGAAACAUGCAAUAAAAUCAAGUUCUACAGGAUAUAGGUUUGGAGAUAGAGUUGAAAUUGUCUGUGAAAAUGGAUAUAGGGUUAUUGAGAACAUUUCUGAAUGUCAGAGUAACAAAGGCUGGGUCCCUGAUUCAGUUUGCCAAAUUCAGGACUGUGGAAAUAUUUCAAUUGAAAAUGGACAGAUCCAAGAUGAAGCAAAUACUACUUUUGGAAGUGUGAUAUUUGUUGCAUGCGAAGAUGGUUUUAGCAUCAUUGGAAAAGAACAUGUGUCGUGUUUAGAAACCGGAGAAUGGGACGCACUUCCCAUUUGUAACCAAUCAGAUUGCGGAAACUUGACACUUCCUGAACAAGCGUAUGCGAACGGCAGCAUCGUUGAAUGCAAGGAUGGCUACACAUUGAAAGACAUCAAAUGCCACAGCAAUGGAUCUUGGGAAAUUGUUGGGUAUUGUAUGCCAAUUUCCUGUAAUGCUACCGAUGCUCCAUUAAAUGGUAAUAUUGAAAAUAAAACCAGCUCUCAUGUAUUUCAGACCAAACUGACGGUAAUGUGUAACGAGGGAUACCAACUUAAUGGUAGUGAAUCUAUUGAAUGUUUAAGCAGUGGUACAUGGAGCGAUAUCGCCGAGUGUCCACCUGUCACUUGCCUUCCAUUUAAACUGCCCAAUAAUAGCAAUUUUAUCGAGGUAAACGACCAAAGUAAAAACACAUACAUGUCCAACAUAACCAUAAAAUGUCUUACUGGCUACGAAAUGAAGGGAAAUGCAAAUGUAACUUGUCAAUCCAAUGGAACCUGGACAAUAUCUCCUGAAUGUGUGCCAGUUAUGUGCAAAAACUACACUGUUCCUCCCAAUGCGCAUAUCGCCGAGGGCGAGUCUCCUGCCAACUAUUUUAAUGAAUCUAUAACAGUGAUUUGCGAUUUAGGAUACGAAUAUGCUGAUAGUGCAUUGACCACUGAUGUAUGCCAAUCAAACAAAAACUGGACUACUCAAGUUUCUUGUGAGCCCGUUUCAUGUGGAGCUUUCGGAGAAACCAUAGAAUACGCUGAAAUGAGCCAAGACGGUAGUAAUUAUGGCGACAACAUCACAGUAACGUGUAACACAGGUUAUGUACUCAAGGGAGCUAAAAUCAUUCAGUGUGCAGAAAACAGAUCAUGGAGCCGUGCUCCUACUUGCGAACCCAUUAACUGUACACAAUUGAGCGAAAUCCUUCCUAAAAACGUAGCGAUUUCUGUGGGAAGCACCAACCCUUUUUCCUACAAUAAUACAGUUGAAUUGGUAUGCAAGGAAGGAUAUGAAACAAACAGUUCAACUUCAGUGACAUGUCAAGCUGAUGGGAACUGGACACCUUUUCCAGAAUGUGAGGCUGUAUCAUGUGGAGCCUUUGGAGAAACCAUAAUGAACGCCGAAACGAGCCAAUACAAUAGUAGUUACGGUGACAACAUCACAGUCACGUGUAACACAGGUUAUGCACUUGAGGGAUCGGGAAUUAUUCAGUGUGGAGCGGACAGAUCAUGGAGCCGUGCUCCUACUUGCGAACCCAUUAACUGUACACAAUUGAGCGAAAUCCUUCCUAAAAACGUAGCGAUUUCUGUGGGAAGCACCAACCCUUUUUCCUACAAUAAUACAGUUGAAUUGGUAUGCAAGGAAGGAUAUGAAACAAACAGUUCAACUUCAGUGACAUGUCAAGCCGAUAGGAACUGGACACCUUUUCCAGAAUGUGAGGCUGUAUCAUGUGGAGCCUUUGGAGAAACCAUAAUGAACGCCGAAACGAGCCAAUACAAUAGUAGUUACGGUGACAACAUCACAGUCACGUGUAAUACAGGUUAUGCACUUGAGGGAUCGGGAAUUAUUCAGUGUGGAGUGGACAAAUCAUGGAGCAAUGCUCCUUCUUGCGCCCCCAUCAACUGUACACAUUUGAGCGAAGAAAUCCUCCCUGAAAACCUUGCAAUUUCUGAAGGAAGCGCAAAUCUUUUUCACUACAAUAUAACUGUUGAUUUAGCCUGCGGAGUUGGAUAUAUAAUUAACGGUACGAGGUCGGUCACAUGUCAAGCAAAUGGAACUUGGACUAAUCUUCCAAUAUGUAACGCCAUAAAAUGUGUCAAGUUUAUCCCACCGGAAUUUGGUGACAUUGAUGAUAGUUUUUAUGUCGGUCAAUACUUUAAAGAAAAUGUAACGAUUAAAUGUCAGGACGGCUUUAAAAUGGAAAAUCCUACUAUAUCGACGGCUGAAUGCCAAUCAAACGGAACCUGGACAACUAGAGUGAAAUGCGUCAAGAUAAAUUGCGGAGAGCAUGAACAAGUAACAAACGGCAAUUUGGAUGGGUCAGAUGAUGAUUUUAAUAGCACCAUUACUAUUUCAUGCGAUCCCGGGUAUGCCUUGCCUGGACCGAAUAUAUCUACAUGUCAAGCAAAUAAGACAUGGUCAGAAAUAGGACAAUGUCUCCCCAUCACAUGUACCAAUUUUGAUGUAGUUGAAAACAGUCAAAACAGAAGUACCAUCACAGAUAUUAAAUACGGAGAAGAUAUUGACAUUCUUUGUAAUGAUGGAUUUGUUUACGUUGGAAAGAAACCUUUAACCUGCUCUGAAACUGGUGACUGGCCUGUUGUUAACUGCUCAAGAGUUACAUGUAAUGGAUCAACCGAUAUUGACCACGGUUCAAUUGUCAACACUAACGAGACCGCAUUAGAAUUCAAAUGUCAUGAUGGAUAUGAGUCUCUUUCUGGUCUUAUAGUGAAGUGUAUUGACGGUGAAUUGGGAACUCUUCCUAACUGCACCAAAGUCGACUGUGGGCAAAUUCAAAAUAUAGACAGCGGUAUCGUUAUUUAUAUUAACAACACAACACUGUUUGGCGAAACGGCAGUGGUUAACUGUAGUUAUGGAUAUGAACCAUUGGAAACUCAAGAAAUAACUUGUCAUAACAACGGUAGCUGGAGUCACUAUCAAACGUGUGCGCUCAUUCGCUGUCCUUCUGUGCUUGGUUCUAAUAUUUACAUAGCGAACUCAACUGCAAAUUAUUCGUUUGAAGACUCUGCCAUAGUUGCAUGUGCGGCAGGAUACACAUUGGAUGGUAGCAAUGUGAUUGAGUGCAAAGUUGAUGGGAACUGGACCGACAUUCCCACGUGCAGUUUAAUAAAUUGCAGUAGUCCAAUUAUUGUGCAUGGGAAUGUUACAUUUGUUACAACAUCAAAUGGUUCUACUGCAACCGUUACCUGUGAGUACGGAUAUAUGCAUGAUGGAAAUGGGUCUGCCCUGUGUGAGAACGGUACUUGGCUCGGAAUAGGAAGUUGUGAGACUAUUACAUGUAAUCCUUUUAUGCCACAGAAGAACAUGCGUACACAAAAUGAUUCUAAUGGAGAGAUUUAUCCUUUUAACAGUGUCAUUCAGGUGGAAUGUGACGAAGGAUAUCAGUUUACGACGAACGACACAACUCUGACAUGUGAUUUGACCGGAAAUUGGACUGUUCUUCCUGAAUGCGAAAAAAUCAUGUGUACAAUACAAAACGUAUCAAAUGGAAGACCAAACCCAGAUAAAGUAAUGUUUCUAAUAGGUGAAUUAUAUAACCUGACAUGUGAUGAAGGUUACGAUUUGUUGGAUGAAAGCAAUGUUACAUGUGAUGAAAAUGGAAUGUGGAACAAACAGCUGUCUUGUGAACCAGUUAACUGUACAGGUGAUAUUUCACUUGAAAAUGGAACGUUUUCACCUUCAAAACUAUUUUAUUCGUAUGGCAACGAAGUUUCAAUCAAUUGCAAUGAAGGGUUUAAGGUAGAAGGUUCAUCUGAGAUUCAAUGCCUUGCAAAUGGGUCUUGGUCACAUCUUCCUUCAUGCACAGUUAUAACAUGCGCCGAUAUUUCUGUUCCUGAAAACGCCGAGAUUGUCGACGAUGGUGGAAACACAUUUGGUUCUAAUACAACAAUCAAAUGCAAACCUGGAUUCUACCUCACAGGAAUUAAUACGUCAAUGUGCAUGGAUGAUGAAAAUUGGUUAGAACUUGGAAAUUGUUCUCUGAUCGAGUGUGGGACGAUUCCUUUUAUAGAGAAUACAAGGAACAUAUCUGCGAAUUUUACAAGACAAUAUAAUUCGUCCAUAAGUUACGAAUGCGACGAGGGUUAUAACUUCUCCAAUGAAAGUGAUGCACAAAUUGUUUGCUCGCAAAACGGAAUGUGGGAAGGAAGUAUAUCUUGCCAGAAAGUGAAAUGCCUAAAGCUGAACAUAGGAAAUGGCUCAAUCAGUGACGAAACGAACGUUGUUUUUGAGUUCGGAGAUAUUGUUCAAGUACAAUGCAAUGAUAAUUACACACUGACUGGAAAUAGUGAAGUUCGUUGUUUAGCCAACGGGUCAUGGGACGAUGUUCCGGUUUGUGAGCAAAACGUGGUGUGUCCCACUCUUACAAUAACAAACGGAAACAUUAAGUUCAUGGACCGACGUGCGAAUGUUACAUGUUUCGAUCUAUAUAAUUUAAAUAGUUCUUCAAAUGUUGAUUGCCAGCAAAAUGGGUCAUGGACUGAGAUACCUAAGUGUGAUUUAGCAUUUUGCCAACCAAUAACUAUAGAACAUGGAUAUUUAAACGAUUCUCAAACUGAAAUAGGCUCCGUGGUACAUGUGUCUUGCAGUGACGGCUACAAAGUAAAUGGUACUGCGAUCACUAUAUGUGAAAACGAUGGUAGCUGGUCAGCAGAAGUUGUUUGUGAACUUGUGAGUUGUAUAUCUUUUGAUGUGGUCGAAAGGGGCUUAUUUACCGUUGACAAUACGACGGCGCCCUUUAACGGGUCAAUUAUACCGACCUGUAUUCCCGGCACUGACUUUACACCUGGCUCAGUGAGAGAGAUAAACUGUACAGAGAAUGGAUGGAUAGGAGCUCCUGAAUGUCAAAUUCAGGGUCAAAUUUCAUUUGAACGAGAUAUGUUUGCAUUCCCAAGUGGUCAGGAAGCCGUUAUAAAAUGUAUCAUUUCGAACAACCCCAACUGGCAGCAUGCUGUCAUGAAGAAAAAGAACGGAGAAACCAUUUUCAGUGUUUGGAAUGAUACUGGAUCUGUUAGAGUCACUGAUGAGAUUAGCAUUCAUACAUACACAGCGUUUCAUUCCUUGGAAUCGACCUUCGAAUUUGGUUUAAACAUAUCGUCUAUCAUUUGUGACGAUGCCGGCAUUUAUAUAUGCGAAGUUGAAGCUGGUAAUUUCACUAUUGUGAAAUCUGCGAACGCCUCAGUUUCCUUAACAGGAAAUGCAACUAUUCCUAACAUUUCGGCACCAGAAUUUAUGAACGCUGGCCAUGGAGGAGAAAUAAAAUGUACAGGAAAUGUUGGCUUGAAUGAGAAUGGGCUCACAGGAAACCUGUCAUUAGUUGUAACAACCGGCGAGAUGUCCAAUACAGAUACUCAAGAAAUCAACCCACAAUGUGAUGGAUACGUGGAGGCCGUAUUUAUGGCGCCAACAUUUCCAAGCAAUAUUACUGAAGUUACUGUUCGUUGUGAAACUAGCACAGUCGAAGGUCCCCCUCUGGUUUCAUCAAACAGAACGAUUGAAAUACGAUCCUCAUACGUCGCCUUUCCCACAUCCUCAUAUUUGCUGAAGAUUGGACAACCCGGGAAUAUCGUAUGUGAUGUGGCAAACAUUGAUAACUGGACUGCGGUUGUUAUUUCGAAGCCAAACGAUGCAGACUUUGUCAAAGUGUUUCCUGAUGGAGCAAACAAUUUGCAGAAUGGGAGUAACGUUGAUUUGUCGCACUCGAACUUAACAGACACUGCAGUUAAGGUCGUUGUCUAUUUUAACAACGUCUCUUGUUCUGAUGCGCCAAUGGAAUCUGGAACAAUAAACUACACAUGUACAGCUCUAAAUGGGGACGUAGUUCUAGGCCAGGAUACAACUAAGAUAACUUUUCAAAUGGACCCGAAUGAACCUAUCUUGUCCAUUCCAUUGACGACUGUGGAAAAUAUCCCAACUCCUUAUACAGCAUUAGACUAUUUGUGGUGUCUUGCAAACGUUGGUUCUGACACAAACCGUGUCGUUCAAAUUGAAAUCCAAAGGAGCGGUGAAUCCGAAUUUAGUGCAUUUAACCUGACAAUGCCUGAGCCACCAGAAACGACGUCAAGAAACUGUGAAAUAAACGUCACUGUUACAUACAAACAAAUUAAUUUUGACAAUUCCUACAAUAAUUCCAAAAUACGAUGCAGUGUCUACCAGAAUGCAUCAUCUACCGAUCCUAUGGUAUCAUCUCCAGUGUACGAUGUUACACUCCUUCCAGAGUCAAUUUGUGACGAAGUGACAAACACGACCAACACAACACUGUAUUUGCCAUAUCCAUACUCCUAUCCUGGUUCGUGUCGGAAACACGUCGAAUGUUCCUUUAAUGAAACAUCUGUUUCGAUCUAUGCACGAGAAUGUGAUUCAGAUAUAUGUCCAGUAUUUGAUGACAAUGGGACCAUUUUUAAUUGUGAUAAUUGUAUUGGUUGCAUAUAAUAACAAACUGUUGUUCAUUUUUAGAAAGAAGCUAAUCAUUCUGCAUUCUAAUAUACUUGAACAUUUGUGUUAUAAUAAAAUUAAUUGAAUGCAGAUUGUGAUUAUGCGUUCUAAUAUUAGGGAGCAUUGGACUUAUUUGGUAUAUAUAUUAUCACAGAUAGAAGACACUAAUUGGUUUUGUUUCUGUAUUCAUUUCAAGUAUAUCAUUAUGUUGGGACAUGCCAACUCAAACACUGUAUAUACUGGGUUAUUUUUUUAAUUAUAUGAACGAAAGACAUCUUUGACUAUGUCUGGAUUGGUAUUAUUUAGUUUACGUGUUCAUCAGUUCAUGCAUGGAUACUAGUGGAAAGGUGUUUAAACUGUGAAAAUAAAACUAUCAUAUGACAUACUCUUUCAUAAGCUGUAUGUGGAUACAAUUAUU